CCAGGAUCUCCCAACCCGUGAGGCGCGCUCUUUCUCCGACAGCUGCUCUGGGAGCCCUGCGCGCCUUGCUGUUCCGUGCCUUGCCCGUCUGUCCCCUCCGAUUGUGCCUAGAGAUGACCACCCAGCAGAUUGUCCUACAGGGCCCGGGACCCUGGGGUUUCCGCCUCGUGGGCGGCAAGGACUUCGAGCAACCUCUCGCCAUUUCCCGGGUCACUCCUGGAAGCAAGGCUGCUAUAGCUAAUUUAUGUAUUGGAGAUUUAAUCACAGCCAUCGAUGGAGAAGACACCAGCAGUAUGACACACUUGGAAGCUCAGAACAAAAUCAAGGGCUGCACAGACAACAUGACACUCACAGUAUCCAGGUCCGAACAGAAAAUUUGGUCUCCUCUAGUGAGCGAGGAGGGAAAGCGUCAUCCAUACAAGAUGAAUUUAGCUUCGGAACCCCAAGAGGUCUUGCACAUAGGAAGUGCUCACAACCGAAGUGCAAUGCCAUUUACUGCCUCACCUGCUCCCAGCACUGCCCCCCGGAUCAUCACAAACCAGUACAACAACCCCACCGGCCUCUACUCUCCUGAAAACAUCUCUAACUUCAACAGUGCUGUGGAGUCGAAGACCACGGGCAGUGGGGAGGAGGCGAACAGCAGACCCUUGGAUCAGCCUCAUCCUUCAGGCAGCCUCAUCAUCGACAAGGAAUCUGAAGUUUACAAGAUGCUUCAGGAGAAGCAGGAGUUAAACGAGCCCCCCAAACAGUCCACCUCCUUCCUGCUUCUGCAGGAGAUCCUGGAGUCGGAUGGGAAAGGGGAUCCCAACAAACCCUCAGGAUUCAGAAGUGUUAAAGCUCCAGUCACCAAAGUGGCUGCAUCAGUUGGAAAUGCUCAGAAGCUGCCCAUGUGUGACAAAUGCGGAACUGGCAUUGUAGGAGUGUUUGUGAAGCUGAGGGACCAUCACCGCCACCCUGAAUGUUACGUGUGCACUGACUGUGGCACCAACUUGAAACAGAAGGGCCAUUUCUUCGUCGAGGAUCAGAUUUAUUGUGAAAAGCAUGCCCGGGAGCGGGUUACACCACCUGAGGGCUAUGAUGUGGUCACCGUGUUCCCCAAGUGAUCAAGAGGACCUGCCUUGUCUGCUGCCCUCCAGCCAGCCUGCUGUCCCUGGUUCUCUGAAUGUUCUGGCCUCUCCUCCCUGACAGUCCUGUGCUCUACUAGUGUUAGUCCUGGUCAGUGAACAUGGAGUCUACCGGUGCUGACUCCCACGAGCUGUCUGGUGCCUGCUUUCUCAUUACUGGAAAUGGUUUUGUCCCUGUCCCCUCACCAACACCACCAUGCACCUUCUUCACUUGGGGUCUUCUAUGCUGCAAAAGGACAUUGGCCACAAUGGAACGAAGCCAAAUGUAGUAUCUCUCACAUUGAUUUUGUUUUACUUAAUAAAUUUAGACUCUUAA